AUGCCUGAAGCAGUUCUUGCUGGAGUUCAAACUCUUACAGUGGUUGUUGACUCGUUAUGCCUUGACUGCUUCCAUGUUUUCCCUGAAUUUCAUCAGUUCCAGGUUCAAGUGCCUGUUCAUCCAUCUUCAUUCCAAACUAAGCAGUCUCAGCUCACAUAUGCUGGGCAACAUCUCUGUGCCCGCGAUGACGCUUUUUAUUUGCUUCAAUUUAAGAAAGGCCUCACAGUUGUUGAUCAAAAUAUACAUGACUGUGACAAUGAGACCCGAGCCAAGACUUUGUCCUGGAAUGUUACAGGAGAUUGUUGUCAAUGGGAUGGUGUAACUUGCAAUGGAUUUACGGGUCAUGUCAUAGGCCUCGAUCUUUCUUGCAGCAUUCUUAACCAGACCAUCAAUGCUAACAGCAGCCUCACUAAACUUGGUCAUCUCCAAAGACUCAACCUUGCCUUCAGCCAGUUUGAUGACGACUUUCCACUUGGAAUAAGUGAACUCAGUAGUUUGACACAUCUCAAUCUUUUGAAUACUGGAUUUAAUGAAGGGGAGAUACAGAUUCCACCAGGAUUAUCCAAGUUGUCUAAGUUGGUUUCACUUGACCUCUCCUCGAAUGACUUCCAAGUUGGCCGAACAACCUCCAGAAGUUUGCUUCAGAACUUAACCAAUUUGGAGGCACUUUGCCUAAUUUCAAUUGGAGUUGGUACAAGUAUUUUAGAGUUGGACUUUUUCUAUACUGAUAUUUUUGGUAAGGUACCUGAUUCAAUCGGCAACCUCCGUUCUCUUUGGUAUUUAGAUCUCUCUUUAAACCGUUUAUCCGGCUUGAUUCCAGUAUCCAUUGGCAACCUCAGCGGAAUUAGAGUGUUGAGACUUUCAAGUAACAGCUUCACUGGUAAUGUUCCCUCAACUAUCUCAAAAUUAAACAAACUCGUUGAUUUAGAUCUCUCUUUCAACGAUUUUCAAGGCUCGAUUCUAGAAUCCAUUGGUAACCUAACUGCAAUCACAAAGUUGACACUUUCAGUUGGUGAUUUAGAUUCCGAGUUUCCAUUUCCUGAGUUACGGAUCUUUGAGCUUUCCGUUAAUGGGUUCACUGGAACUUUUCCAUCUAAUAUUUUCAAAAGUUUCAGAGGUAUGAUGGAUGUGGAUGAAGGAAAAACAGGAAUUACUCUAGCUAUUAAUAGGACUCACAGAGAUUACCUUUACCAUGUUAGUUUGGUGAUAAAACUCAAUGAGUUUGAUAUGAGAAUCACGUCAAUUAUGACGAGUGUUGAUUUAUCAAGAAACAGAAAUUGCAAAGUUGCAGCAGCUCGAAGCAUUAUAGAUCUCUCGUGGAACAGACUCAUUGGAGAAGUUCCUGGUCAAUUGUCGAGUUUGACAUUUCUUGAGGUCUUAAACCUUUCAUACAAUCAUCUGGCUGGGCGCAUUCGUAUUGGGAAACAGUUCAAUACAUUUCCAGAUGAUUCAUAUUGUGGAAAUCUUGAUUUAUGUGGAUUUCCACUAUCAAAGAAAUGUGGAAACAAUAAUAGGCCAGAUGAGUCAACACUUGAACAAGAUGAUGAAGAUGCAUUUUUUGCGAGCGGGUUCACAUGGGAAGCUGUGGUAAUAGGUUAUGGUAUGAUAUUUGGAUUGUUGAUGGGAGGCCUCAUGUUCCUACUGGAAAAACCAAAAUGGUUUGUCAACUUUGCUGAAGAUAUUUCUCAACAGAUUGCUGCUAAGAAGCGAAGAAAUCAAAAGAAGAGACGUCAAGGACGUGGUCUAAGAAUGAAUUAG